CAGCGCCUCCAACCCUCCUCGACGUAUUAAAAACCUUUUCUGCUGCCGAUCAGUGAUCAGCCUUUUCCGAGGAGACGACCGCCUUUUCGACCUUUUCCCAACGCCCAACGGUCUCCAACAGCUUCUCGAGAAUCUGCUUCCAAAUGUAGAAGAUAUGUAUUUGACAUUAGGCCCACAGAUGACACAACUAAUAUGUACUCAUAGAUUAGUGGUAGAAUAUGCUGAAGAUACCAAAAGGAUUAAAGAAGAAGAAGAAAGGGAAAAAGAGCAAGCACAAAGAGGAGGAUCUUUUUGAUUCGGCCGAGUUAGAACAGUACCGGAAAGAGCAGCAGCAAAAACUCGAACAAGGGGGCUGUGAACCAGCGGAAGGGAACGACGAGAACAGCGAGGAGUGGCAGAAAUUCAAGGCCCUCACAUCCGGGGUUGAUGACAUAUUAAAAAAGACCCAGGGUGACUUAGAUCGUAUCAAAUCGACAAGUUUCUUCCAGAAAAAACCUCCCGGACCAAGUACACCGGCUCCGACAGAAUCCGUUGCUGUUGCAUCAAAGGCCGAACGCGAACCCGCCAAAGGAAAGUGGGUCGGUUUCGAAGAAGGCGGAGACGAACCGUCAGAAGAAGCUAGUGCGGUCAAUCCUGAAGAAGCUGAGGCCGCUUUCGGCGACGAAGAAAAGUUAGAGGAAGAAGAAGAGGAAGAGAGUGAGUUUGAAGACGGCCAAGAUGAUAUAUUUGACACGUCAUAUGUUGACGUAGUUACCAGUGGGGAAGUAAAAUUAGCAUACGUUCCAGACAGUCCUGAGAAAGAAGAAGACGGUUUUGACCCGUUCGACACAUCAAUUGUCGACAAAGUCAUUAAAGUAGAUCCGAACGAAGAAAAAAAGAAAAAACUAGUAAGCCUAGGUUGUGCCGUCGAAGUUCUAACUGGAAAAUUAGAAAAAGCAACAGCUGGCCCUCCUGUCGAAGCGGUAAAAACAGUAAGAAGGCGACCGAAACCGCAGGAUUUACUUUUAGGAAGUUUUGACGAAGGAGGGGGUGGUGUUGACACAGAAGCCCAGCCCGAGCCGCCGCCGAAAUCCCUUUUAGACGAAGACCCUAUUUUUGAAGAAGAGACUCAAGUGGUUCUCGGUUUACCAUCUGUAACUCCUCUUGCAGAAAAUAAGUCUAUCACACUUCAACCUGUAAUAGAAAAACCCGAAGAAAAAGUAAAAGUUGAUCUUCAUGAGCUAGUCGAAGAAUUUAUACCGUCUUUCGGUGAAGUUAAAACUGUCCAAUUUGUCGACCCGUCUGCAGAAGCUGUUGACGAGCUAGACGACGAAUUUGCAGCUCUUGCGGCAGAAUCUUUAUCAAAACAACUACCGGGAGAGAAUAAACUUUCCAAACCACCAAGGCCAGAAUUACCUAAGGUCCCAGUAGAUGAACUCGAAAACGAUUUUGACAUAGAGGACGAUCCAUUUGAUACUACCUUCGCAUCGCAGGUAUUACCGGGAAAAUUUGAGCUGAAACUUAUUGAAAAGGAAAUUCUAGAAAAUCCUGCUCCUGAAGUCAAUAAAAUUGUCAUUGACAGUAGAAUUCAAGAGGCUCUCAACAAUUCGGAACGGAAAGGGAGCGUAACUUUUAAGACAGCUUUUGACGAAGACGCGGAAUUCGACACUCUUAGACCCUUAGAAUCAAAACACAGGGAUCUUUUAGGAGGGAGUACGACUGACUUGUCGAAAAUUGUCCAGAACCCUAUUGUUCCAGCAAGUGUUAAAGAGGACAUCGACGAAUUUUCUGACAUCGAUCCAUUCGAUACGUCCGUAGUAGAUAAAAUCGUCGUUCCGGGCAAAUCAGAACUUCGCUUUCUCGAAAAGGAGCUACUCGAAGAAAGUAAACCCACGGUUCAAGUGGACUUCGACGACGAUUUCGAUCCGAGAGCAGACGAGAAAAAGCCCAUUGUCAGACCCGAUAAUUUGACAGUUGGUCCUAAAAGAUUUUCAGUUCCUAAAGUUGUUGCGUUUGAUGUAAAGUCACCGCCUAAAUUACCUGACCUGCUUGCCGUAGAUCAGGAAGAAACCAACAAAGUCGGAAAACCUCUGACACCGUAUUAUCCUCCUCCAGGUGGCGAAUCAAUUGCACAUACAGAGGAACAGAAUGAUCCGUUCGACACAUCUCAUGUGAAAAAUUGUCCAGGGAGAAUAGAAUUAAAAUUAAUAGAAAAGGAAUUAGUCGCCAAAGAGACACCAGCCGCUCUUCCUGCUCGCCAACAUAGUCUAUCAGACGACGAAUUCGAUCCGAGAUCAGGCACCAAACCGGCAACACCAAAACAGCAAGAUAUUAUCUCCGGUGACGUAGAUAAUCAUACAAAAUUACAUACACCGGUAAUCCCGAAAAAAGUAUCGGAAGAUUUCGAGGAUAGCACAGAUUUCGAUCCUUUUGACACAUCGAUAGCAUCGGUCCUCGUUCCUGGAAAAGCAGAAAUAAAAAUACUCGAAACCGAGUUAAUCUAUUCGAAAGAGGAUCCCGUCAAUCCGGUAAACCCUAAUGCGAUUACUGAAGCGCUAAUUAGAAAAAGUUCUCAAAGUUCCAGCAGCCCACGCCUUUCAGUUAGCGACGUUUUGGAAAACACAGAAGACUUAGCGGUAAAGCCUUUGACUCCUGUCGUCGCAUCUUCUUCUUCUUUCGAUUUGGACGACUCUGUCGAUCCUUUUGACACGUCAGGCAUUGGUGACAUUGUAGGGCCUGGUAAGACCGAAUUAAAAAUUCUUGAAUCAGAGCUUAUUAUAAGAAAUAAUACGAUCAUGGCGAACCCUUUCUUAUUCACAGAAGACAUCGGGAGUUCCCAGGUAUCUAACUCCGCGGCUAGUUUUAAUCCGUUUUUAUCGGGAGGAAAUGCUGAAGAAACUACGAUACCUGAUAAUCCUUUUAUGAGCUCGUAUAAUGCGCCGGAGACCAAUGUCUACGAUUCAAAUUCUGGUACCAAUCCGUUCGCAUUCUCUUCAGAACCAACCACCACUUCGGAUUUCUUCGGGUCGAACACAGAUCAAACCGUCGAAAUCAAUUAUGAAAAUAUUUUUGCCUCCAGUCAAGUACCGCCGCCAUCGAGCGGCAUUGAUAUUUUUAGCAAUGCCAAUGUGCCUUCAGAACUUCCUCAGAGUAAGCCUAUCCAAGAUGAUUUCUUAACAUCCACCACCCCAACUAAUGACAUUUUUGCCCAAAAUAUAUCAGGUUCCGAAGCUUUGGAGGAUGCCGAUAGUGGCAAAGGUCCACCGAGGAGACCCCCGCCACCAAAGCCGGGUCCUCCCAAAGAGACCAAAGAUCUUAUUUUAAGCGUGACUGGCGCAAUGGAAGCCACGUCAUCUAGUUUAUUAGACAGGUUGCAGGCGACAAGAACACCCAGCCCGACGCCAAUGAGGGACCUUCACUCUCCAAGUCCGACUCAUUUUGGAGAUUUGCUUGAAGUAGACGAACCAAUGCACCCUAUGGCUCAUAGCCAGCCUCAAGAAAUGAAUCUGUUAGGGGAUUUUGAUAUUGAACCGUCUGGACCUAUAGCAGAGCCUACGGUACAAGAGAAAAGGCCUAGUGUAGAUAACCAACUUACUCCAAUUACUCCAGUUGCUCCGCCUGCUGAAGUAGUACAGCCUUUAACACCAAUGCCGGUCGUUGCAUCGGCCCCGAAGCCGGCUUCUCCUGCCGCACCCUUUGUUGCUGCAGCACCAGCAAUGCCACCUAGUCGACCUGCACCUCCAAGUGUGCCUCAGAGACCUAAAUUACCUCCUCAACCUGCUCGUCCUCCUCCACCACCUGCCAGGGUACCCACUCCUGAACCAGUGUUGGAUAUUAAAUCCCCACCACAAGAAAUCAAGAAAGCCGAAGAAGUUGAUAACAUUUUCGGAGAUAUGGCGGUCACGAAUGGAGUAACCUCUGUUCACACCACUGAACCAGAUGAUGUUUUUUCUGAAUCUGAACCUCAUGAGCACGGCGAUUUUUUCUCUCAGGAACCUAGAACUCAACAGUCAGAAAAUAUUAACGAUGUCUCAUUUCCUCCGGUCGAAACACAAGAGAGUGAACUGGAUUUUACGAUUAAAGCCAGUCAACCCGCGUCUGAACCUUCUUAUAACAUUUUUGAUGCUGCUCCUCCUCUAGAGGCUGAUGAAACUUUCCCUGCACAAUUAUCACAGACAAUCGAACCUUUAAACACUUCUGCUCGGAUAGAGAACGCGUUUGACAUGGGGGCGCUGACGGAAUCAGUAGCCGCUUUUAGUGCCCAGCCAGAACUGUUUGCUGCACCAGUUGACGCUUUCAGUGCUGCGCCGAUGGACGCUUUUUCCGCGGUUCCGGUAGCCACUUCGAUAGACACGUUUUCUGCAGCACCGCCUUCUUCGGAUGCAUUUGGAUCCGCUCCUACAGAGGAUUUUGACGCUUUCACGGCUAAAUUCGAGAGAGCCGGUUUUGGAGAAUUUGGACAGCCCAAGAGUUCCGAUCCGUUUGAUCCGUUUUCAUCGCAAUUUCCCGGUGGAAACACUGCUGACGAGAGUUGCACUGGUUUCGGGGCGGAUGAUAAUUUUGACAGCUUCCUAUCUCUGAGAGAACCUCCGCCUGUUCCUCAAGGUACACCCGCACGAGUAAGCCGUGGUGAAUCGGCAGAAUCGGUAGACGACAAUGAAUUUAACAUCUUCAUCAAACCCAAAGCUGCCGACGCCUUUGGAGAAAUGGUGGACAACGGUCCAGUCCCUUCACUCGCCCCACCGCCGAAAAGUCCAAGCCAAAUGAACGCGUUUCAAGACACAAGUCCGAGAUUUAACCCUUUUGACAGCAAUCAAGAAGCUCCGGCAUCAGCAACGGAAAACAUAUUUGCCCAAGCUAUUUCAGCUGUAGAAGACCGACCCAUGACCAGGACCGAUUCACAAGAAACACCUCCCACACCUUUAUUUGACGAAGACAUGUCUCAACCACUGGAAAACUUCCCGAGAAUCCAUUACGACGGUCCUGGCUGGGAAAUGCAACUAAGGCAGCCUAACAAAAAAAAGAUCACCGGACAAAGGUUUUGGAAAAAGAUUUUCAUCAAAUUGGUUUACCAAGGGGAAAAUCCUGUACUGCAGUUAUUCAACGGUAAAGAUGACAAAGAUCCUUUCCAGGAGCUGCCUCUUCAACCUUGCUACUCAGUGUCUGACAUAGCUGCCCAACAAUAUGACCAAUACGGGAAGAUUUUCACGGUCAAACUUCAGUUUAUAUUUUACAAAGAAAGGCCUGGCGUCAGGCCAGGUCAGGUGACGAAGGCGGAGAGGAUCACCAACAAGUUAAGCCAAUUCGCCGCUUAUGCGAUCCAAGGCGAUUACCAGGGUGUCAAAGAGUUCGGAAGCGAUUUAAAAAAAUUAGGCCUCCCUGUCGAACACGCUCCACAAAUUUCACAGCUUUUCAAAAUCGGCUCCCAGUGCUACGAGGACAUGAAACAGUUCAGCAUGUGCGUCGAGGAAGCUCUCUUCCGCCUGUCGGCACACAGGGACCGGGCUCUUACAUACAAAAUGGAAGAAGUGCAGAUCACUGCCGUCGACGAACUUUAUGUCGAGCAAAACGCCAACGGAGGAGUUGAAAAACAGAUCGCGAGAGUCCGCCUCUUUUUCCUUGGCUUCCUUUCAGGUAUGCCAGACGUAGAAUUGGGCGUCAACGACUUGGUACGCCAAGGGAAGGAGGUGGUCGGAAGGCACGACAUCAUCCCCGUUGUCACCGAAGAGUGGAUUCGACUGGAAAACGUUGAAUUCCACUCUUGCGUCCAGUUGGACGAGUACGAAAGGACACGCACAAUUAAGUUCAAACCACCGGACGCGUGCUAUAUCGAGCUUAUGCGUUUCCGGGUGAGACCGCCGAAAAACAGGGAGUUGCCACUUCAGCUCAAAACUACAAUUUGUGUAACGGGGAACAAGGUAUAAAAUCCUUUCAGUCAUGUAAUGUAACGUCAAUAUUAUCUAAAGACAAUUCUACAGAUUUAUAGA